GCAGCAUCAGCCCUGACCUGGAAGCUCGAACCAAUCUCUUUCAUCCCUUCCCUUUUUUUCCGGUAGGCGGGGAGGGAAGCUCUUCCUUCCUCUCCCGAUUCCUCCCCCUCCCCCUCCUUUGCUAUAAAGGGGUCACCCGCUGGCUCCCUCGAUGUCUCUCAUUGCAAGAGUGCCAGAGUGCCCCUCCUACCCUCCCGUUUUAUAGCGACGACGGUGGCCUCGCGGCACGCUCUUCGACGUCGGAAUACGUGGAAAACUCCGGCCUAGGGUUUCCCACUCCGAGGUUUCAUCUUCAUAGUCCCGGUUCUCUUCGGAAAAUACCCUUCUGAUUGCCGUCGAAGCUAUCUGAAACCAUCUCUCUGGUUCUACGGGGUAAAUGUUCUCCACGUAGACGAAUUCGAAGUGGCAGAGCGUGGGGAAAGCGGAGGAGUCACGUCGGAAGAUUUGACGGCUCAUUUUGCGAGUUAGUGAGAGAAGGAGCGGCGGUUCUUUUCGCGGCUCAGAGACGGUCACAGGCUGAGUGACGUGUUGCGACUUGCAAGUACUGUUUAUAUCUUAAAUCUGUGCAGAAAGGGCCCGUAAGCACCGUCCGUCGUUGCAGAGGCGGCAUCAAAGUCCUCAGGGAUCUCAGAGGCUUCUUGAUUUAAAGUCGGUCAAUAAGCGGAAAAAAUGGUGACUAAAAUCGUGGACCUGAGAUCUGAUACGGUGACAAAACCGACAGAAGCAAUGCGAGCAGCAGCGGCUAGCGCCAUUGUGGAUGAUGACGUUUUGGGCUCCGACCCCACCGCUAGCCUUUUCGAGGCGGAGAUUGCUGCUCUUGUGGGCAAGGAAGCGGCCUGUUUUGUUCCUUCGGGGACUAUGGCCAACCUUAUAUGCGUUUUGGUUCACUGUGAGGUCAGAGGAAGUGAAGUCAUCCUUGGAGACAAAUGCCAUAUCAAUGUAUAUGAGAACGGCGGAAUCUCUACUAUCGGAGGCGUUCAUUCAAGAACAGUCCCGAACAAUCCGGAUGGGACGAUGGAUCUUGAUUUGAUUGAAGCAGCUAUCAGGGACCCUCAUGAAGAGCUUUACUACCCAACCACGAGGCUUAUCUGUCUAGAGAACACUCACGCAAAUUCUGGUGGUAGAUGCAUUUCUCUAGAAUACACGGACAAGGUGGGAGAAAUUGCAAAGAGGCAUGCAUUAAAGCUCCACAUUGACGGGGCCCGCAUUUUUAAUGCAUCAGUUGCAUUGGGAGUUCCUGUUGACAGGCUUGUCCAAGCUGCGGACUCUGUGUCGGUAUGUCUAUCCAAAGGUCUGGGGGCUCCAGUUGGGUCAGUAAUUCUAGGCUCCAAAAGCUUCAUUGUAAAGGCAAAAAGGCUUAGGAAAACCCUGGGCGGUGCGAUGAGGCAAGUUGGAAUCUUAUGUGCUGCUGCACGAGUUGCAUUGAAUGAUAACGUCAGUAAGCUUGCAGAGGAUCAUCGGAAGGCCAAGAUUUUAGCAGAGGGACUUAGUCGGAUCAAAGGACUGAAAGUGAACUCGGCUUCUGUGGAGACAAAUAUUGUCUUUUUCGAGAUCCUGGAAAGCUCAAACAUUUCAGUAGAAAAAUUCUGUAAUUUCUUGAAAGAGCACGGCAUACUUGUGAUGGCAGUGGACACUUGCAGCAGUAUUAGGGUGGUUUUACACCACCAGAUCUCGGAGAGUGAUAUCCACUACACGCUCUCGUGCAUUCAGCUACUGUUUCCACAAUAUUUGGUUGGAAACUAAGGUGAAGAGAAGGGCAUAUGGGCAUCAUCUAUGUAAAUAAAUACGCUCCAUCAUAUGUCAGUUUCAGAGUGGAAGCAAGGACACUACGACGCACACGUCCCAUUAUGCCUGCUAGAUGUUUUUAAAUCUCUCUUUCUCUCUCUCUCUCUCUCUCUCUCUCUCUCUCUUCACACCAAGAUGUAUGGACAUGAAUUUCCAACUAGCCUCCUUAUGCAAACAUGCAACAGUUACACAGAAAAACAUACUCCAAUCUCGGGUGUGUGCGUGUGGAGAGAGGGAAAGUUAUAUACAUCAGAAAUGAAACGCCAUUCGAACUACAACAAAUCUCACCGCCUGACGGGCUGCAUCGCAAAAUUAGGACGGCAAUGAUAGGCAUGUUGCAGCGGUGAAAAACGAUAACUGAAGAUGAAAUAAAUCUCACUGAACAGACGCAGAUAUGAACUUGGAGACUG